CUUUUUUUGUUCGCAUCGUUCGUAUAUAUACCGCUCUCAGAUUUGACACAACAUCAUUAGUGAUACGUAGUCGUAAAGAAACUAAGAAAAAUGAAGUGUUUAUUGAUGAUAGCAUGUGUGGUGGUAGCGGUGGCAGCGCAUGGUGGUCAUGACCACAGUCAUAGCCAUGACCACUCAGAGAAAUCCGACCAGGAGCGUGCCAUCGUCAAACUGGAAGAGCCAAAUGGUGGGAAAGUCCACGGCAACGUAACCUUCGUCCAGGAGGCAGACGGCAAGGUCCACGUUCAGGGAGUGAUCGUUGGCAUGUCUGCGGGAGAGUACGGUUUCCAUAUCUACGAGAAGGGAGACAUUACCGGCGGAUGCGGUUCAAAUGGGGAGCACUUCAACCCUGAUAAUAAAGACCAUGGCCACCCACAUGACGAGGAGCGACACGCCGGUGACUUGGGCAACGUGGUCUUCAAUAAAGAACAAGUGGCACAUGUAGACUUUUUCGACCACGUGAUCAAGCUGUCAGGACCAUACUCCAUUGUUGGCAGAGCUAUCGUCCUACACUCAAUGGCUGAUGACUACGGAAAGACUGAACAUCCAGACUCUAAGAGGACCGGGAAUGCUGGUCACCACGUCGCCUGUGGUGUUAUUGGUUAUUGGUAAUGGUAACCAAGGACCAACCAUUCGUGUGUUAAAAAGCUAAAUAUAUUGUGAUACAAAUAAAUUAUGGUUCAUUA